UUAUAUCAAAUCGGCAUAAUAACUACAAGUUUACAUCAAAUUGACAGAAUCGGAUCAAAACAUUUGACGUAUAACGGUUUUCGAGACACUGUAUGGUUGAAAUACAUGCUUGCAAAAGCCAUUAGCAAACCAAAAUUGAAGUAGAACAUAUCCAACCAUGACGAAUUUUGCUGGUGCAGUUGGCCAAAGCCCAACCCUCAAACAAUUCAUAAUUGACUUUUACCUAAUCUCCGACACUAAACCAUCUGAGGAGUAUGAUCCUUAUCUUGAAAGAUUUACGGGCAAUGCUUUGUUGAUCAUGGGGUCUUCCAAGGUUGAGGGGCACGAAGCAAUCCGGACCAUGAGACAAAACAUGUGGUCUAAGAUUGUGAAAAGACACCAUGUUGUUAAGAAUGUUUCUGCGAUAAAGUCGAACCAGUAUUUGCUUAAUGGGUAUAUUGAAUAUACUUUUGUCAAUGGACAAGUCCUCGUUACUGAUUUUGCCGGCCAUAUGGAGUUUGAGCCGGAUAGUACCCCACUCAAGAUACUGUUUUAUCAGGUUUACAUGGAUACUUCUCCAACAAAGGAGAUCAUAAAUGGUCUUUGAGAUUCCCGGUGUCUAUAUUCAAUAUACAAUAUCUGUGACCGAAGAGAAGUGUUCUUCUGUUUUUUUUUUUGCAGCAUGUAGUUGAAUCACUGGAAGUUCGAGAGGAAAAAAGUCAAGAAAAUUUGAAAUUCAAUCUGAAAAUUACUUCAACAGCUGUUUAGACCAGCACAACAACGAUAAACAUAGAGUAUGACCGACAGCCAGCAGGAUGAAAGGGUGGUGAACCUCACCCAAGAAGAGUUUGAAAAGUUGGUGAAAGAGAACAAGGGAGGACUCACCCCAAUGACACCAGAACAAUUGAAAGAACAUAAGUCCUUGAAAAGAAAUGCAUUUUGGAAAGAUAGUGUAUGUGUAUUAUCGAUGAUUGCAUCAUUUGGUAUGAUUGCGUACUAUUGGUAUUAUAUCAUUCAACAAAUGAAUGGUGAUAUUCCCUUGGAGUACUAUCAAUUGGCUAUAUAUUUUAUAAGCUUUGUCGGACUUGUAUUCACCCUCGG